GCCCUUAUCGAAAAGUUGGGGAAGGUGAAAAGAAGAAAGAGGAGAGCAGUGGAUUGUUCGCUUUUGGAAGGGAUUCAGAUUGAAGGGGACCGGAGGCCCGGGAGGGAAAGAUAACCCAGAUCCCAGUGUCCCCUGACGAGCCUCUGGUUAAAAUGCAACUAGGGGACAGAGAUGAAUUGGUAGAUUUUCUCGUAGAUACAGGUGCUGCCCAUUCUGUUUUAACUCAAAAACUGAAACCUUUAAGUAAAAAGACUGUGCCGGUGGUAGGGGUUACAGGGAAGGCAGUAACACGAUCCUUCCUACAGCCAAUGACCUGUAAUAUUGGGCAGGCCGAAGUUACCCAUCAAUUCUUGUACAUGCCAAACUGCCCCGUUCCCCUUUUAGGGAGAGACCUCCUCUGUAAACUGCAAGCUACGUUGUCGUUCCAGGAUGGGCAAAUGUUUUUAACAGUGCCUCCUGAAAAGGGGUGGCAUUUACAGGCUUGCCUUCUCGGCCUUCUCCAAGAGGAGAGUACACCGGAUAUUCCUCAACCCCUGCUCGAUGCUGUUGUUCCAUGGGUAUGGGCAGGUCACCGACCUGGGAAGGCUAAAAAUGCUGACCCUGUGAAGAUUCAACUUUUGCCAGGGGCCCAGCCUCCAUGUGUGAAACAAUAUCCAAUGCGGAUGGAAGCCAGGAAAGGACUGAAGCCGUUAGUUGAACGGUUCCUGGAGUAUGGCCUUCUCCGUGAAUGUACAUCAGCUUUUAACACACCCAUCUUGCCUGUGAAGAAGCCUAAGAGUAAUGAAUAUCGUUUCGUCCAAGACUUGAGAGCUGUAAAUAAAGUGGUUGUGAGUAUAUACCCGGCCGUGCCUAAUCCGUACACCUUGCUAUCUGCUUUGAACCCAGAUCAUAAUUGGUUUACGGUUAUUGAUUUAAAAGAUGCCUUCUUCUGUAUACUGAAUUUUCCAUUUCAGCACAAAGCUAUCCACACAGGCGUAUGGGGCAAUAGCAGGGGGCACCCAGAAGACUCCCAUGGGCUUGGGAACUGCCAGAGCUUGGAGAAGUUCUACAACUGCUACAAGAUGAAAAAUGAGGCCCCAGUGACCCUCAUGAACUACGGCAAGCUGCAAGUAGUAGUGAGGGUGAAGGAGAUUAUCACCACUGUGUGCGCUUCCCAGCAACAUCUCCAAGGCUGUGUGGGAAAGGAUCUUUAA